AUGGGUGACGAUGUCGUCACGGACACCGAGGUCGGUUCUGCCAGUAACUAUCCAACACAGAGCGACGAGAAACGAUAUGCGCCAGAAGAAAACAGGGGGAAAGACGAGGGCUUCCUUGCCAAACUCCAGCGUUUCACGGGCAAAUAUGGCGUUGAACAGAGGGGAAUUGAGCCCGUAUUGGCGCAUGAGAGGACAGACACCACUGUCCUGAGAGUGGGUACGCUGUGGUUUGCAUGCAAUAUCUCCCUAGGGUCCCUCGCCAUUGGAGUUCUCGCGGUGCCAGCUUUUGGACUGGGGUUCGUGGAUGCGUCCCUUGUUAUCGUCUUCGUCAAUAUCCUAGGAAUAUUGCCUGUGUGCUGGUUUUCUACGUUCGGAGCUAGGUUCGGAUUAAGACAAAUGGUUCUUUCGCGGUUUUAUUUUGGAUAUUACGGCGUGAAGUUGGCGGCUUUUCUUAAUGGCCUUGCGUGCUUGGGUUGGUCUGCUAUCACUGUCAUUGUGGGAGCACAGCUGAUCCCUUCUGUCAACAAUGAUGUCCCCGGUUGGGCUGCAAUUGUAAUAAUCGGUUCUGCGACAUUCUUCGUCAGUCUCUUCGGCUACAAAGUAGUCCAUAUAUACGAAUCAUACUGUUGGAUCCCAACGCUUAUCAUAUUCAUGAUCAUUCUCGGAAUUUUCACACACUCAGGAGACUUCGAGAACCUCCCGUUGAGAACUGGUACUUCAAAAACAGCAUCGAUUUUAUCGUUCUCCUCUGCUGUGUUCGGCUUCGCAGCUGCCUGGUCUGCCGUGUCGUCUGAUUACUGCGUUUAUCAACCAGUAACUGUCAGCCGGAAGAAAAUAUUCUUCACCGUUUUCUACGGUCUACUCCCGGCGCUCUUAUUCACGCAACUGUUGGGCCUGGCCAUUGCGACCGCAACCGCCAAUAAUCCAGAGUAUGCGGCUGCAUACAAUGACAACAAAGUUGGUGGCUUGCUUGCACAUAUUCUAUUUCCCCACCUCGGUAAUUUUGGCAAGUUUUGCCUGGUGGUUCUGGCUCUAAGUACCAUUGGCAAUAAUAUCCCGAAUAUAUAUUCCUUGGGAUUUUCUCUCCAAAUCCUGCACUCACAGGCGCAGAGGAUACCUCGUUAUGUCUGGUCCUUCGUUGGAAGCUUAGUAUAUAUUGGCAUUGCCAUUCCAGGCUACUCCCACUUCGAGACUGUGUUGGAGAGCUUCAUGCUGAUUAUUGGAUACUGGGCCGCCAUUUAUCAAGGCAUCUCUUUGGGAGAACACGUUGUGUUCAGACGGGGAACAAGGCGCUAUAACGUCCAAGAUUUCGACACACCAUCGAAGCUUCCCCCGUCAUUCGCAGCCAUUGGCGCUUUCUGUUGUGGUAUCAUGGGCGUUGCCCUUGGGAUGUCACAGAUAUGGUUUGUUGGACCGAUUUCCAGAAGGAUAGACGAAUCCGGAGCAGAUAUUGGCUUUGAGUUGGCGUUUGGGUUUACGUUCAUCUCCUAUAUCCUAUUUCGAAUGGUAGAAAGGAGUUACUUCAGGCGUUAA